AUGAUGGAUGGUAAAGAAUGUGAUGAAUGUAGUUCAAAUGAAAAAGAUGAUAACGAAAUGAUGGAUGAGAAUGAAUCUGAUGAAAGUAGUUCAAAUGAUUCCUAUGAUAAUGAAAUGGAGAAUGAUAUCGCGUGUAAUGGAAAUGAUUCAAUUAAUUUAAAUGUAGUUUCUAAUGAUAAUAAUUUAUUGGUUCGUAAUGAAUCAAUUAGUGCUGUUCAUGGUAGUUUGAAACUACCUAUUGGUAUAGCUAUUGCAUCAAAAAGUCAGUGUUGCGUGUGCCGUACUCCAUUGGUUUCACCUACAAUCACUGUUAAGAAGGAGGAUCGAAACAAUAUCUUAAUUCGUCGUAAUAUUGAUAUUCCAAAAAGGUCACGUUGUUGCAAAGAUCAUACGUCCAAUGGAUAUUUAUCGCGUGAAGCCUUCUUUAAGUUAACUGCUUACAAAAUUAAUUAUCGAAUAUUUGAUAGUAAUUAUACUUAG